AUAUAUGAUCAGUUGGAAUCAAUCUUGAUCUGUAUAAAUUCUCUUGGUAGUAAAAACUACAAAUUUGAACAUCAUCUCAUUUCAGGAGAGAAAGGAAAGGGAAGAAGUGGGGUGUCUCUUCAUUAUAAAGGAAGCACAUUCCAUAGGAUUAUACCAAGCUUUAUGGUCCAGGGUGGUGAUUUCACCCGUGGUGAUGGAAGAGGAGGAGAAUCAAUCUAUGGUGACAAGUUUGCUGAUGAAAACUUCAAGCUGAAGCAUUCUGGACCAGGAUAUUUAUCUAUGGCGAAUUCUGGGCAAGACACCAAUGGCUCCCAGUUUUUCAUAACCACAGUUAAAACCAGCUGGCUGGAUGGACGCCAUGUUGUAUUUGGCAAGGUACUUUCUGGUAUGGACGUAUUGUACAAGAUUGAAGCAGAAGGAAGUGAAAGUGGCUCGCCUAAGAACAAGGUCGUCAUAUCAGACAGUGGAGAAUUAACUUCAUGACAUGGUUUAUUUAUACAAGUUGAGAUUAUUCUACUGUGUUAACGAGCCAUCUUUGCCCAACACCAUGAUUCACAAACUCUGCAUAUUUCAUCAUUCAGUAGAUGAAUAAGUUUGCAGAUAUUAGUGUAAUUUAAGUCUGGAUUGUUGUUUUUGCAUGUUUGUUUGUCCACACUAGUCUUGCUAUAAUGGAAAACAAUUAGAGAUUGCCAGAGUGGGGAUACUCAUCAACAAUAUGCAUCAGGCUGUAGUGUGUUAUCUGAACUUUUCUUAUGUAAUAGGUACGAGGAUAGAUUAUUUAUUCAAGUGCAUCAUGUCGUGUCCUCUGCUA